CUUGGAGGCAGCAAGCAACAACGCAGGACGGGGACGUCUCACAUGCUAAUGAACGGCGGCGACUGCAGCGCCUCCGAGUCGGGUGAUGACACAGACAUAUCAGCGCGGUGGUGAGAGAAACCGGGGAAUUUGUUUCCGAUGUAUUCGAAGGACGACCGAAGAGGGUUCUCGAGUGCCAUGUUCGGUUUGUGAUGCUUCUUGCGCCAGCGGCUUGUUGAGAGCGGGACAAGAGAUUAUUGCCGUCGCCCUCCAGUGUCCGACAAACCGCGUAUUUAAAAUAAAAAUAAAAAAAAUUGGUACCAGCAGCCUACCUACGAUAUCCCCGACUGUGUUUCGCAAGGCGUUUUUCUCUUCUUUCUCGUUUCCUUUCUUUGUUUUGCCCCCCUCGGCUUCCUUUCGAGUCGGCAGUGUGUCGAUAGGCUGGGAGAAGCAGAGAUGCAAUGGCCGGGUACAAUGCUCUCGACGGCCGUGUGGAAACAGCGUAGAGCUACGCUGUGGUACCCGACGCAGGGAUGGUGGUCGCGAAAGGGUCGGCCCGUCGGUCACUGAGCUAUGCCACAGACGUCGAGUUGGCUCGAGAAAAAGGGCGAAGCUCGAGGCAGUGGAGGGCCAGGCGUUCUUAAAGUGUGGGAAAAGGAAGGAGGAAUAGGUAGAUGAAAUGGGAAUGAAUUGGACGAAUGGCCUCUGAUCAAG